AAAAAAGAAUAAAAAACAGAAAAAAGCUCUCCGUUGCAAAAACCUUUACUCUCUCUUUCAUUUCCUCUAUUCAUUUUCCUCUCCUCACACACACACACACACACACACACACACAGGAAUCCGCCAUGGACGAAGAAAACGAGAGCUCCAAAGCUGCCGGAGCCGAGAAUUCAAAUCCAGAAGAAAACAAAAACGAUAACUCCUCCGUACAUGACGGCGGAGUACUCGAUGGUGGUGGUGAUGAACGUAAGGAGAGUGGAAUUGAGAGUUUACAUGAACCGAAGGUGGAAAUUUCAGUGUCAGAAACCCUAGCUCAUCCUACUGUUCACUCAUCCGUACAACAAAUUGAGAGUGAUGUGCAAUCCAAAUUCGAUACUGACUCCUCUUCCGCUCACCAACUUUCUGAAGUGCCAGUGGAAUAUGCACUGCCACCGUUUGAACCAGCGAAAGAAAUCAAGGAUAAAAUUAGUGUUACCAGGCCUGAAACUUUGAGUGCUCAAGUACAAACACAACAUCAGCAACGUAUGCCUGAUGAAGCAUCCUCAUUGGAGCUGUCCCCUACAUCUGUUACACCGUCCAUUUCAUCAUUGCCGAGCCCAACUCUAGCAGAAAGACAAUUGUCAGCAGUAGUAAAUGGUAGUACAGAAGAAGUGGCUAAGCAGAGUUCCGAUGCCAAGGUUGUUGUGCCAGUCCUGAAGACACCAUCCCGUGAUGGGUACAAUUGGCGGAAGUAUGGUCAAAAGCAAGUUAAAAUUCCUCAAGGUUCUCGAAGUUAUUACCGAUGCACUCAUUCUGAGUGUUGCGCCAAGAAGAUUGAGUGCUCUGAUCACACUAAUCGUGUGAUGGAGAUUAUUUAUAGAAGUCAACACAAUCAUGAUCCACCCCCGAGAGUAAAUUGCUCAAAGGAAAGCAAGCCUGUAGUAUUGCCUGCACCAGCUAAUGACAGCCGUAUGAUAGCUUGUCCAAAUAGAAGUUUUAAUGAGACCGUGCCGUCCUCUUUAAAAGAAAAUUUACAAGAAACUUCACCAAUUGCUGAGAAAGCAAAUCAGGAUUCUUGUGGGUCUGAUACUGACACUGAAAUCACUAUUAAAGAGGAGCACAGUGAUGAACCUGAACAAAAGAAGAGGUUGAAGAAAAGUGACGCAAGUUCCGAAUCUGUUUCUAGACCUGGAAAGAAACCCAAACUUGUGGUGCAUGCUGCUUGUGAUGUAGGAAUCUCAAGUGAUGGCUAUAGAUGGCGCAAGUAUGGACAAAAAAUGGUGAAGGGAAAUCCCCACCCAAGGAACUACUAUCGCUGUACAUCAGCUGGAUGUCCGGUUCGAAAGCACAUUGAGAGAGCUAUAGAUAGCACAAGUGCAUUGAUAAUAACAUAUAAGGGAGUACACGAUCAUGACAUGCCCGUACCAAAAAAGCGUCAAAGUCCACCUAGUGCACCUCUUAUUGCUGCUGCUGCCCCUGCUUCCUUUACCAAUCUGCAGGCUAAGAAACCCGAACUGCUACAGCAUCAAAAAUCGACCACACAAUGGUCCGUUGAUAAAGAAGGUGCGUUAACAGGUGAGAAGUUGGACCUUGGAGGAGAAAAGGCAAUGGAGUCGGCUCGAACUCUGUUGAGUAUUGGAUUUGAAAUAAAGCCUUGCUGAAAUUGUUUAGUUGCUUUGAUUUUUAUCCCCUUUUUUUCCCCUUGCAUUCAGUUAGUUUCCCGUCAUAGGGCUUUCUUGUAGAAAUAAGAAGCAUGUACUUUUUUUUAAAAGUCUUACAGUUUAUCAAUAGGUUGAGUAGAUUGGUUGUAGUCGUCCAAUAUAGAUAGUUUAUACUCUGGUUAUGUAAAUUAUUGCGGAUCAAACUAAUUUAAAUAGAACUUAGAGAAAUAUCUUCUGAUGUU